GCUGCUCCUAGGACGUCGUCGGUGGUCACGUACCAGUGGCAGCAGAACAAGCGCAAGCGGACGCCGAAGCAGCAGGGCCAACGGCAGCAGCAACGGUGGACGCAGCCAUGGGCCAAGGGCUGGUGGACGCAGCCUGCACAGUGGCCAGCCCUGGCGACAGCCCCGAGGCCAAGGGCAGCUGUACAUGCGCCGGCAGCCAACCACGUCGAGGACCUUGCGCGGCUCUGCGAGAAACUCCAUAAGGAAGGCGUGGUGGACCAGGAGCUGCUGGCGGCCGUGCAGAGUGCCAAGGACAAGGCGGCCCAGGCAGCGGAGGCGGCCAAGCCAGACAAGGGCCUGGACGAUCAGCCGCGGGUUGUGCAGAACAAGAUCACGCACAAGGAGCGUACGGUGGCCAGGGCAGCUGAGUACGUGGAGGAGACGCGCAAGGUGUUGGCCGACGCACAGGCCAGCUUCAAGGCCGCGGAGCAGGCGGCACAGGAACGGGCUGAUGAGCUGCGUGCCCUCACCGAGAAGCGCGUGGUGCUGCUGCAGGAGAUGGCGGCCAAGGCGUCGGAGAUCACGGGCAUGGCGAAGGAGGACUCAGAGUUCAUGCAGGCGUACAAUGAGCUCAAGGACGCCCAGAGGAAGGCCCACGAGAGUGAGAGGGCCCUGCGGGAGAAGUACAAAGACCACUUCGCCAGCAUCCCAGCAUCGGGGGGCCCACCUGCAGAGCCCGAGGCCACGGACCCGAUGGACCUCGAUGCAGCAGAGCAGGAGAAGCUCUUCGAGGACUGGUGCAAGGGCACUGGCGUGGACAAGGAUGUCAUGGCGCAGAACAUGGGCCAGCCGUGGGCCAACGAGGAGUGCGAGGGCCACGAGAACCUACGGGAGGGGAUCGAGAUCUACACCGCCAACUGCAACGCGUGGGCCAAGGGGGUCGCCUUCGUAGACGAGUACAUCGCCAAGCCGAGCUGCAUCCUGGGCCAGGAGCACAGGCUGGACGACAACUGGAAGGAGGAGGUGCAGGCAGCGACCUGCAAGAGAGCACGGGCGAUUGCGAUGACGCCCAGUGCGACGGGGGCUCGAGGAGGCCGCAGCGCGGGGACAUACAUCAUGGUGCCCAAGUCCAUCGGUCUCACCUACGCGUAUGGCCAGCAGGAGCGGGACUGCUCACCCGCAGGCGUGAGAGGGCGCAUAUGCGCGGCCCGCUGCCCGCUGUGGGACACAGGAGGAGUUCUGCUGGUCUCGGCGUAUAUGUGGACAGGCGAAGGGUUGUCAGAACGCAACCUGCUGAUACUGGACCGCAUUGGUGAGCUCACAGAGAUGCAUGCCGUUCCUUGGAUCCUCGGCAUGGACGCGCAGCUGGAACCCCACACCUUGCAUGAGUCGGGAUGGUUCCAAGACGUGGGAGGAGUGCUCCACUCCACGGGCAAUGUGACGUGCGACGGCAUCGGAGGAGGACGAGAGAUAGACUAUUUCGUGGUUGCCAAGGGCCUCAGCCCUGCCCUCAGCCAGGUAGAGAGGGUGGAGGACAGUGAGGUCCCCCCGCAUUGGCCAGUGCGGAUGCGCAGCCUGAAGCAGCCAAGGGAGGCCAAGGUGCUGCGCUUCAUCAAGCCGCGUGCCUUUCCCAUGGCGCUGCCAGUCGGGUGCGCGCCGCAACCGCAGCAGUGGCCGCCGUGGCCGACCAACCACACUGGAAGGCUCGACCAGGAGGACCUGGACAACUACUGGCGCAAGAUCUCGCGCAAGGCCGAGGAGGAGCUCAUGGGCAUCUGCCAGAUUCCAGAGGAGGAGCGCCCGCGGUACCGCGGCCGAGGUGAUUCGCCGGAGACGGUGCUCACGCCGCUCCUGGGCCCCAGGGCAAGGGAUGGCGUUGGGCAGACUGUAGAGACCACGGCCUGGCGCUGGGCGGCCAACCGACUCAAGGACGGCAGCAAGGAUGCAGCAGGUCUCUUGCACCGCAUGGCUCGCUGGCGCCAUGCUGAGCGACCCUCUGCGCCCAUCGCGAACUACAAGAAGGACGCGCUGGAGUUGCUUGACGGGCAGACGCUGGGCAUCCAGGCGCUGGUUGACCUCGCGGAAUACAUACUCCACUACGUUCAUUGGCCUACCCAGGUUGAGCUGUUGGCCUACUUCCUGGUGCCGAAGCCGCACGAGGACCAAAUCAACGUGGCAGUGGUGAAGGACCUGUCCAGGGCGUUUGAGCACGUCACCAUGGGGCGCCUGUGGGAGCACGGGCGCAAGCUGGGGAUGCCAGAGCAGGUGCUCCACUUCAUGAUCUUCAUCUUCGCUGUGGAGAGGGCCGUUACGCUGGAUGAUAUGGUGGCCUCUACGCGGAUGCGUACGUGGUCGGCAGCGGCUGAAGGCAGUCGAGGAGGCACGCGGGCGCUCAAGUGCUUCACCAUAAUCCUGCUGGACAUGGCAGUGGUACGAGAGGCGAAGGAGUCCUCGAUGGCAUACAUACAGGCAGCUGAGGCAGAAGGCUUACCGCUGUCGCUCACCACGCACAAGAACGGAGUCACCGAGAAAGGAAAAAGCUAUGUCUACACGGCAGGCAAGCAGGCCAAGGCCAAAUUCAAGCUCUGGGCCAAGGACUGGGGCCUGGCGAUCCAAGAAGAUGGCAUACAGCUGGGCGUGGACUUCACAGGUGGCGUGGGCGCACAGCGGCGGCCCAAGCAGCAGGAGCGCGGUGAGGUCAUGGUCAACAGAGGUACUAAGUUGAAUAUCCUGAAGAAGCAGGGCGCCAGCCUUGGCACAGCCAAGGUAGCAAAGCUGGGUUUCUUGCCGUCCAUGCGAUGCGGGGUGGCCUGCAUCGGCGUCCAGGUGCCAUUGCACACGGUGGCGCCUAAGACGAUCAGGUACAAGCUGGAGAGGGCCAUCGAGCGCCAGGUCCUCACAAAGUGGGCUAAUGAGAAGGGCAUUACAGAGGAGGCCCCGAUGCCGUUCUUGGAACCAGUGAGGGCGCUGCUCAAGAAGCGUAGGUGGGCUGCGCACCAAGGUGCUAUCAAGGCCUACGUGGGGCAGGACUACUGCACGCAGGCCAAGCUCCAGCAGCGCGGCACGGUGGCCGAUGGCAUGUGCCAGCAGUGCACUCGCGCGCAGGGCACUCAGAGGCACCGCUUCGGGCGCUGUGAGGCGCAUGAAGAGAGCAGGACCAAGCUGGCGGACAAGCAUGCGGGCAUAGUGCAGCGCAUGGCGGGCACCGGCGAGAGCUUGCUGCUCAACUGCGGCCUGGUGGCGCAUCCCAUCCAGGACGUCGAGGGCGACACCCGGAUUGAGCAGUACCACUCGGUCAACGCAGAGGGCGACAGCGUCGAUGAGGACGACGUCAUGCCGUUCAUCCCGGGGGUCUGCUUCACCGACGGCUCGGGCAAAGGCGUCAACAUGCUCAAGGGCUACGGCUGGGGCUACAUGCGGUUUGAGGUGCCUGCUGAAGAAGGACAGUAUACGACGCUUGGUGGAGCAUAUGGAAGCAUGCCAGGAGUGCGGGCUGACCUAUCGGUGGGGCGGGCCGAGCUCCAGGCCAUCUGGUAUGCCUUGAGGAGGGCGACGGCCCCUACCACGCUGGUCACAGGUUACGAGAUGGCCGUGAGAGGCAUGAGAAGGGGCCGACUGUGGUGUACGGCGCCGCAGAGGAGCAGCUGCGACAUCUGGAUGCGCAUCUGUAAUGUCGUGGAUGGGACCUUCCAGAACAUGAACGGGCUCACGGUGAUGCAUGUGCGGGCGCAUGGCAGAGGGCAGAAUGCGUUCCACGUGCGCGGCAACAGGAUCGCCGAUGAGUUGGCGGUCAAAGGAGCGCAGCUGGCCAUGCCGCCGCAGUGGCAGAUCGACGCCUGGCUGGACCGCUGGAAGACGGUGCAGCAGGUGGUUGACUACGUGGCAGACAUGGCAGUCGAGGUCGGCGACUUUGGGGACGUCGUGCUGCCCACAAAAGAGGAGGCGCGGGCGCAGCGCCGACGAGAGGCCCAGCUGCGUGGACGGCAGCCCGAGGCUGAAGAGACCAG